UCUUUUUGUUCGCUUCUUCUCUUCUCCUCUCAUGAAUUAAAAUAAAUACCCCCAACCGACGCCCUCAUUUCUCCUCCCUUUCUCUCUCGCUUCCUCCUCUUUCCUUCCUCAAUCCCCAAAGCUUAGCUCAUUAUCUGCUGGACGCCGGCGGUCGGGUCGUGGGAAAGAGAAGGAGAGAUCGAUGGCUCCGGUGUCAUUGCCGCCUGGGUUUCGGUUCCACCCGACGGACGAGGAGCUGGUGGCGUACUACCUCAAGAGGAAGAUCAACGCCCAGAAGAUCGAGCUGGAGAUCAUCCCCGAAGUUGAUCUUUACAAGUGCGAGCCCUGGGAUUUACCAGGAAAAUCUCUACUCCCCAGCAAAGACAUGGAGUGGUACUUCUUCAGCCCACGAGACCGCAAGUACCCCAACGGGUCGAGAACGAACCGGGCCACGAAAUCAGGGUAUUGGAAGGCUACGGGCAAAGAUCGCAAGGUGAACUCCCAGAUGCGUUCCGUAGGGAUGAAGAAAACCCUAGUGUACUACCGCGGCCGCGCCCCUCAUGGUUCCCGCACCGAUUGGGUCAUGCACGAGUACCGCCUCGACGAGCGAGAGUGCGACUCCCCGGCUGCUUCUGGCUUACAGGUCCCACCUCAUGCCGCAUUCAUUGACGCAUAUGCACUGUGCCGAGUGUUCAAGAAGACGGCGCCUCCCACUGCUCCCAAAAUCAACUACGCCUCCUCCGCCAUGAAUCACCAUCUUCAGGUCGGUGAGCCGUCGUCCGGCAGCAUGGAGCUUUAUUCCGACGCCGCCGGUGCGUACGUGGACACAUCAUGCUCUCAGGCUCCGUGGGCAGCAGCUGGAACCAAUACUACUACUUCCUCCUCCAUGCAGUUGCAGCAGGAUCCUUUCACCUUCCAAACUGCUGCCUUCCCUUCUCCUUACGGAUCCUCGUCGUCGUCCAUCCCCAAUUACCCUCCCUCCAAGGUGGAUAUAGCAUUGGAAUGCGCAAGGUUGCAGCACAGGUUCACGCUGCCGCCGUUGGAAGUGGAGGACUACCCGAAAAGAGCGGCGUCCGACCACCACCAUUAUUACAGUCAUCAAUAUAGUAAUCAAUAUGAGGGCGGCGGCGGGGGCGGCGGCGGGGGUUCGGACCUUUUGCUGCAGGAGAUACUUUCCGUAGCUCACGCCUCUCAGGAGCUCAUACACAACAACAACAACCAGCAAUACAACAGUUUCCCGGCGGCAGGGUUCGGCGGGAACCACUUGGCGGCGGCGGCGGCUGAUCACGGUAACAACGAUUUCGCCUUCACGUCGUCGUCGUCGUCGUGGUUGGAUGGGCAGAUCAGUAGCUCCAGAAAUAUAGAGAUUGGUGACGUGGACGGAGGAGAUCAUCACUUCGUGGCGGAGAACUUGAGGUGGAUGGGCAUGUCAAAUCACCAACUAAACAAGAAUUUUACUGGGGAGAACAAGAUUGUUCCCAUAGCCAGCAUCACAAGUUUCACGUCCCAGAACUACAAUAAUCAGGAUGGCCUUGAAGCAGAUAAGGAUGGGCUCGGGUUCUUGAACGACAACGACGACGUUUACAAUUACCUGGGGUUCAUCGGCGGCGGCGACGACCCGUCCACCAACACUGCAAGUUCGCCGAGCUUCGACGAGGUGGUGGAGGAAGUCAAAGUCAACCACAGGCUGUCCGUCUCCACGCGCCAGGCCGCCCACACGUUCUUCCACCAGUCGGUCCCGUUCCAGACCGUGAAGAUCCAGCUCAACCAUCCCAGCCCCGACCGUACAACCACCACUCAUUACGCCGGAAAUGCCGCUGAUUUGUUGACUCUGGUUACGCUGGCCGUCUUCAGCCACUGCUUGUCUCUGCCGGGAGAGAUCAACGGUAACAGACUGGCGGGUAAAUCGGACGGCGGGAAGAGUGCCACGAAGUUUCCGUCGCCGGCGAUUAGCAUCCGGAAGCAGGGAUCGGCAGCGGUGAUGCUGAAGAAAUUUGGGAUAUUGCUGACGGUUUCUUUUGCGCUGUGUACCAUGCUGGUGAACCAUGUCGUGCUCACCACUUGAGUCUCUAGUUAUUAUUAUUUUUCUUUUUUCUUCCACAAUACCUUUUUCUCUUAGUUAUUUUUCUUUCUUUCUAAUUACACCUAACUCUAGGUAUAUUAAUCAUGAUCGGGGAAGGUGGUUAAGGGGAAGUGGGGAAGUUGGAGAACUCUGAUGUUUGGAGCCAACUUCUUCGUUCAGGUUAUAUACAGUAAUUUGUGUUAAUUUGUUGUGGACAAGGACAACCACUAAUGUGUUGACUGACUCUAUAUAAUGGAUUAUACUAUUACAUUAU